GUAAAUCCGUCCACAACAAUUGCAAGUUCGGCAUGACCAGACUCUGGUACAAGGCUGGAACAAAUCCUUAGAAAUAGAUGUCGUUUCCUGCGGCUGCCUAAUAUAUUUAUGGCCUAACAGGAGAAACAGUGAUGGGGCAAUUUUCUCUAUAAAUGCCUUACCGUGCUCCCCACUACGAGUGGUUGUUUCCACCUCGCGCACCCAACUGUUAUCAAACACGGACAAUUGUUCAUCCUCAUUCUUAGGUGGAAAUGACUGAUAAAUCUGAACCGGACCAGGCGAAGAAGGGCAAGGAGGCAAUGGUUGGUAUGAAGGCGGAUGUGAAGACUCUCCAAUUGCUCAGCUCUUCAGCCAAGGCUGCAAUAGAUAAGCGAGAAAAGAUUAAGAAUGAAAAAGCAAAGCUCGCUCUUGAGGAAGCUAUUCAUAUAGCACUCAGAGAGCAGAAUCAGACGGGUUCAAGCAAGGAAACCGGGCAGUGACAAAUUAGGAGUUGCCGAAAUUCUGACUUGUUACCAUGGCAUAAUUUGGUGAAACGCACCAUGAUCGGGACAUUUCUCAAUUAGUUUUGGUUGGAGUUUUUUGCCAAAAAGUGCGAAAAGCCCAGUUGGGCUGGAUAGGGCGAGGAUAUACCAGAACGUCCCCAUCUCCCAAGCCUGGUUCAUGAUGACUGAUAGUUUAAUCGUGUUGCUAGCACUGUCACCUCGCUCUUCUUCAUCUGUCAAGAUGGUCAUAAAUUCCACUCGAGCUUUCUCAUACUCCUCAGUCACUAUCUGAUCCACACCCUUGUUUGUAA